CUAUCACACACGCGCUAUUACAGUGGGCGUUAUUUGGAGUGCAUAAAGGUCACCAAGUAGGUGCGGCUCGGCAGGACACCGUCAUCGGACGAUCGAGGCCAGUCAGUGAUGGUGGAUAAUUCCGACAGCUCCUUGUUCGAUCCCACAGAGGACGGCGGGUUGUCCAUCGGCUACCCGCAGUUUUCUCCUCCUGGAGUAGCAUCCUUUCUUCCACCGUCCCUCCCCGAGCCUCUCCUUUCCCUCCCUACCAUGCCUGCUGGCCAUCAGACGCAAUCCGCCCUCCCAGCAUCUCAACAGCACAUGCAGCAACAUUCUGCCUCAAUUAACCUUCCACCAGUCCUCCCUUCAGCUGUUAGUGGAGCUGGUUCACGCGAGGAGUCAGCACCCACCCAAGUGCACACGCUGGCUCUUCGUUUGCAACACUUGGAAUCUCUGUGCCAAGACCUGCAGAGGGAGAAAAACGUGAUGGAGGACCAGUUUGGUCUGCAGCGGAGGAAGUUUAUGAAUCUGAUGGUGGAGAAAGACGAGGAGUUGAGUCAAAUGAAGAGAUCGGUUGAGCAGUUGUCCAGUGAGUUGCAGCGUUGUCAGCAACAGCUCAGAGACAGGGAGGAGGAGCUACGAGGAACAAUUACAAAAGCCAGAGAGUCAGCAAUGAGAGAGGCCUUCGAUGCAGACAGAAUCAUAUAUGAAGAAGAGAUAGCUACCCUGCGCAAGACCAUUGAUGGGGAAGGCAGGGGUGAGAGGGAAUCUCUUCUCAGUCCUGUGUCUAAUCAGAGACGUAGCCCAAGUCCUGGAGAUCCUUUGCUGGAGGGUGACCUAGCCAAGGCAGUUGAGGAGUCCCAAAUGCUGAAAGCUGUCGUCGUACCUCUGGAAAAGCAGGAGAUUGAUCAGUUACAGCUUCAACUCAAUGAAGCAAGGCAAAGACUACAGCAUGCAGAGGAGGUAAAGCGACUGGAAUCUCCACCUCUUAUCGAUAUGGAUACCACCCUCUCUGACAUAACCUCUCCCGGUGAUAACAAGGUGCUCUGUGACAGCCUUAUACGUUCACAAAAACAUUACUGGCCAUAAAAAGUUAGAAUCAUGUAGACAUUACGUAUAUUCACCGUUACAGAUGAUAUAUGGAAAAAAAUUCCAAUUGCACUGAUAUUGUCAUUCGUAGGGUGGAGAAAAGAUGUUCUAUAUUGUAGGUCCUAUCCACUGUCCCACCUAUAGCUCCAGCGACAGUUAGAGCUAGAGCGCUCUGCCAGACAUGACCUGGAGAUGCACACCAAAGCUCUGGAAUACCAGAAGGCCAUACUGCAGGAGGAGGUGGGCUCCCUGCAGACUCAGCUGGAGAAAGUGAGUGGGAAGCUGAGUUCCCAGGAAGAGAGCUACCAACAGUUAAAGCAAGCUUGGGACAUGGCCAACCAGCAUUUCAUUGUAGCCCAAGACAAGCUGCAUCAGAAGAUGUACUUUAUGGAGCAAAAGCAGCAAUUACUGCAACAGCAGAAGAAUCUCUCUGGUUCACCUAACACAAACCUCUUUCCACUGGAAGAUAGGAGUGUUGCUCACUCAAUAAGACAACCAAUUAAAGACCUCUCUGCAAGGAGUCACUCGUGUAGUGACAUUCGAGAGAGUGGUGGUAGCAGUCAACUGCACACAGCUGCUCUGGAGAGCGAGCUGAAGAGAGUGAGAGAGAGACUGGAGCAGCGGAAUGCUACGUGUGAGAGCUAUGAAGCUCAACUCCAGCGAGUGCAGGAGCAGAUGCUGGAGGAACUGGAUGAGAAAGAUCAGGAGCUCGUUCGACUCCGAGAGGAGUGCAGCAAGGCCAGGGCUGGGGUCUCCAGGGAAAGAAAAGCCAAAGAGGAACUCCGACGAAAUAUGGAACAAGCUUGUGAACAAUUUAAGGCUCAGGUCGAGGGUUUCCAGUCUGGACUGCAUGCAGAACAGUCCAAGUUGAAGUCACUUAGAGAACAGUAUACGCAGAGCAAGCAUGAAGCCCAGCGUGACCUGGCAAGAUUCUCAGACGAGAGGGUGUCCCUCUUUUCUCAAAUAUCCUCAGCUCAGGAGGAGUAUGACUGUCUGAAAGUAGUGCAGGCUGAGGAGAAGGAGAGGUACUUGGAGGGCCUUCGUGCUGUGAGCCAGGAGCGGACAAUGGCGGAAGAUAAUGUUGCUGCUCUGCAAGUGCGGCUAACUGAGGUGGAACGAGAAAAGCAAUCAGUUGAAGAGGAGCUCGGUGCAAAACUGGACCAACUCAGGGAACAACUUAAGCUCAGGGACAGAGAGAGAGAAUGGCAAGAGUCAAAUUUGAAUGUGCAGUUGGAGGCUGCCCGGAGGCAAAUUGCAGCUCUAGAGCUGGUGAAAGCUGAACUAGAGCAGGAGCAUAAAAUGAAAGAACAGGCUGUGGCUGCCCGCUCAGAUGUGGAAGAAAAAUCGCGAAGCUUUAUAGCUGAGCAGCAUCAGAGGCUCGAGGUGGAGGCUGCUGCGAGGCAUGGAGCUGAGCAACAGGUGCGGGAACUGCAACGGCAAGUAGCAUCUCUACGUUCCCAGCUAAACACCUCCCAAGAAAACCAGAAGGAUUUUGUAGAGCUUUCCCAAGCCUUACAGAUGAAGUUGGCAAAAAUAGAGGAAGAACAAAAAUUAAAUACAGCAUCCAACCCUUCCUGACUCUGUACGAUGAUUUUACCUUUUCUCAGUUUCUGUUUGGAGACAUUUUUGAUGUGUACAUGGUUUUGCGAGGGAGAGCAAUAUAACGGGCUAUACACG